AUGGAAAAUGACCCCAACGUUCCUACUCAGGGUCCAGUUGUUCAGGAGAGGGCUGGUGAAGAUGUCACCUAUGCAUCCAUCAGCAACAAGAGACAACGCAACCACACAAACAAAGAGGUGCUAUGGACAUACUAUUCUGGAGAGGUGCGAGGAGAUGCACGCCCUCCCAGCCCUCGCAUACAGCACCAGAACAGAACCCAGUGCCCAGCUGGGUCACCUCCAGCUCCUCCUGCCGGCAUCAGUGCGGAGAAAUGGCAGAAGGUGAUGAAGAUCACCGAGUGGGCAGGACCAGAGCAUCAGGUCACCUUUGUUAACAGAAGCACAAGUUCUGGCCAUUCCACUUUUACUAUUCAGAACUUUAAGCAGAACUACUCUGUGGGUGAAGAGCUUCUUGUCACCAUCUUUGCCAAGGACUUCACUGGUCAGCCAAAACGCUAUGGAGGAGACUUUUUCCAGGCAAAGGUUCACUCAUGGGCAUUGAAGGCCAGUGUGUUCGGAGAGGUUGUAGACCAUCAGAACGGGACAUACUCAGUCCGGUUCAUCCUGCCAUGGGCGGGUGAAGCGUUAGUGGCAGUCCUCUUGGUCCACUCCAGCGAAAUCAUACUGGCUUUGAAACAGCACUGGAACACAGACGCCGAUCAGGUCUACUACAAUGGCUUCUUUGUCAGCAAGACUUCUAACAACGGUACCCAAGUGGAGAAGACGGAGCAGACGGUGUGCAACAUCAAGUGGCCUGGGGUGUUUCCAGGCGGCACAGAUGUCAUGGCCCGGAAAAACUGCUGCUGCGAGUAUGGGGAUGCCCACACAGGGCUGAUGUGGCAGUGCCGCCGUCCAAGAACUCUGCCCUGUGACGCUCUGAUGUACCAUGGUGGGAAUCAUGACUCAGACCAUUUUACACCCUUGGAGAAGAAGCUCAUGGAAGGAACUCAGUUCCAGUGGCUCAACGGAGAUAAACGAAGAGAGAGGAAUCGGCCUACAUGCAAGGCUGGACUGCCCACUCCAGUACCUGCAGGGUUCUACUUCAACGAUGUCUGGACAUCGUUUGUGUGUGCCACUCGUCAUUUCCAAGGGAAAGACUCAGCAGCGUGUCUGAAGGACAAACACAUACAUAUCAUUGGAGACUCCACCAGCCACCAGUGGUUUGACUUCCUCGUCAAGACCAUGCCUACCUUAAAGCUUAUGAACCUUCACUCUGCGGGACAGGUGGGCCCACAUAUGGCAGUGGAUGUGCAGAACAACAUUGACAUUCACUGGCGAACACACGGUCUUCCCUACCGCUGCCCGAAAGCUAAAAUGUCAUCUCUUCAGUAUAUCGAAAAGCUCAUUGACGAAAUGGAUGGCGGGCCGCAAACUGUCCUUGUGUUCACCAUGUGGGCUCACUACACCAGCUUUCCGCUGUCCUACUUUGUCCACCGCGUGUCACUUGUGCAGCGUGCCGUUGCGUCCCUGUUGAGACGAGCGCCACAGACCAAGGUCAUCAUCAAGUCUGCCAACACAGCUUAUAUGAUCAAGUAUCGCAGUGAUUGGCUCUUCUUCAUGCUUGAUCGAGUCAUGCGUGAAGCAUUCCGUGACAUGGACGUGUACUUCCUGGAUGUGUGGCAGAUGACAUCCUGUCACUACCUGCCGUACGACCUCCAUCCACAAGAGGUCAUCAUCAAGAACGAAGUUGACGUCCUGCUCUCCUUUAUAUGUCCCGAGUAA